ACAAAUGUACUUGUAAGUCACUUUGGACUAAAGGUUCUGCUAAAUGCCCUAAAUUUAAAUGUUUUGUUGUCUAAACCUUACCAAGUCUUAAGGAGGUAUGACAUCAUCAACUACGGCAAGUGCCCAAGAACCAAGCUCAGAAAAACUCACAUUUUUUGUGUUCACUUCAAGCAAUUUGUUCUGUUUUGUGGAAAGUGCAGAUCUCUUGUUGGCAUGUAAAACCUCAAACCAACCUGAGUGUGAUUUCUCUUUAGUUCUGACCUCACUGCUGAGCUGCACAACAAACCAAGCCUCUCUGACUGUGAGUCCCAGCAGCUCUCAGAUGUUUAGAGGACAGUCUUUCUCUUUGAGCUGUGAGGAGGACGACAGCUCUGCUGGAUGGACGCUGAGGAGGAACACAACCAGAGAAAACAGGACUCAGUGUGGAGCUGGCUGGGGAAAAUCAGCUGGUUCUUCCUGUUACGUCAACUACAUCACUAUAUGGGACAGUGGAGUUUACUGGUGUGAGUGCAGAGAGGGAGCAACCAGUAACACCAUCAACAUCACUGUCACUGGUGGACCAGUGAUCCUGCAGAGUCCUGUCCUCCCUGUGAUGGAGGGACAUGAUGUCACUCUGCAUUGUAAAACAAAGACCCCUCCCUCCAACCUCCCAGCUGGUUUCUAUAAAGAUGGCUCCCUCAUCAGGACUGAGCCUACAGGUCACAUGACCAUCCACCAUGUUAACAAGUCUGAUGAAGGCCUCUACAAGUGUAACAUCAGCAGUCGUGGAGAGUCUCCAUCCAGCUGGAUCUCUGUCACAGGUGGACCUACAACCUCAGCCCCGCCUGCAUCUGCAGCCCCUCCACCUGCUUCAGACCCCCUCCAGCUUGUGUUCAGACUGAUCUACCACCUUGUGUUGUUCUGUCCAUACUGCAUCUCCACUGUCAUCAUGGUGUCCUUAUAUCGACACAGGCAAACAGGAAAUGACCUGCCCAUCUCCAUGGUGAUGACCUCACCUACCCAGGCUGAGGAUGGAUUGGAUGAUGACAGUAAUGAUGUCAUCCCUGCUGUCACCACAGAGCAUCACUUCUGAGUUGAUCCAGUGUGUUCAGUGUGUUCUGGUUCUUAAUGAAGCUAAAAUGUUUGAGUCAUCAGCAAAUAAACCUCAGAUUUCCUUUAUAGAUCACAAACAACAGAGGACCCAGAACACUUCCCUGUGGAACUCCUCAUGUUCUAGUUUGACUUGUAGAUGAUGUUGAACUCAGGAUCUCAGAUUCAGCAGCAGCGACAGUCUCACUUUGAACUCUUCUAAUGUUAUACUGCAAGCAGCUGUGUGAGAGAGGAUAUCAGGAUUAACUCUGUCAGGUUUAGUGAAGCCUGAUCACUCAGAGAAAGACUCAGGUGAACUAGAUUCAUAAUACAGGCCGCUGGACAAAUGCAUUGUUCAAAAGCAUGUUUUUGGUCCACAUGAAAGAUGAUAGUUCAGGUUGUGGCUUGAGUUCUGUUAUUGGUUUCAGAUGUGUUAGAUCAGGGCGACAUCUUUACUUUUUUAUUUACUACAUUGAAGUUCUUAAUAAACCUCUUACAAUCGACCAAAUCUCAGUCUCUCUGUCAUGUUAAGUCAUGGCAAAGCUACAGCUAUACAGAUGACGUGUGUACACUUUCAGAAAAGGUGAGGAUGACCUUAACAGGAUCUUUGGUGCUGGUAGAUACUUCUAUGUCAUGGUUGAUCUGAACUUUAUUAACAGUACUGACGGACAAAAAGGCCCACUCCUCAUGUUGGGAUACUUCUGUGACAGCAGCCCCAGAAUUCAGCCUUCAUGAUAGUGAUUAAAGCUGGGCAAUACUGUGAGGUUUUAGUUUGGAUCAGGAUCUCCAUCUUCUAAGCCAGGGUUUGGCAAAGAAGUCUGGCAUCGGGCCAAAUUUUCCAAGCAGUCAUAUGGCGGGCCAGAACACACUAUAUGAAAUCAUGUGCUUGUUUAGCUCAGUCGGUACUGUGCGUGACUAGUGAGUUGAGAGAUCAAUUCCAUCUUAUUUCGGAUUUUUUUUUUCUCCUUGUUAAACAAAUUGGACACUUUUGCACAGGCUCACAUAAAGCAUGUGCUGCAGUGUGUGCGCAUUCUGGCGUUUGAUCCACAUUCAUAAACCUGUG